AUGGUUGUCAUCAACAUUGGAGACAAUGUGACAGUUGUGGGAUUUUUGAAAAUGGUGACACAUUCUGCACAUGGGAAGAAAAAACAAAAUAGUUACCUACAAAGCUUGGAGAACAAAGCUUUUGAAGAAUCGACAUUUCUAAAUCUGACAACUGCAAAUUUUCUUCAAGAGGUGAAUGAAAAAAAGGCAAAACGUUCAAGUUCUAUCGCGUCCUCUUCUUCUUGCCCUCCUUCUAUCACUGAGGAAAUCGCUCAGUAUGUUGGUGAAGAUAACAUAAAAAUUAACAACAAUGAAUUAUCGAUUGGAACAAGUAUCAAGCGGGAGGCAAUGAAAAAAAAUAUCAAUUACAAGGAUUUAACGCCUUCUGAGAUAGCGCUUGUUGACUGCGGCCUCAAUUGCAUAUUAGAUUUAACGAGUGGAAGUUUGACCAAUCAACGUCAAUUAUUCUCAAACGAGGACUGGAAUCAGAUUAAAGCAUUGCUCUCAACAUCUUCGACUGAUAAUGAUCUGAUUGAAUCUAGACCCAGACUACCCAAAAUUUGCAGAACAUUUGAGAACUCCUACGAUAUUGAAGAUUGCUACUGGAAUGCAAAACACUAUCAAAGAAAUCUUGAUAAAAUGAUCAAACACAGUUCUAUAUUUACUAACUCGAAGCCCACCCCAUCAGAGGCAGACAUUAUAAUUAAAGUAUGGGCGGAUCUCUUUGAGGUUCUUUUCUUUAACACUGGAAUCCCUAUUCGAUGGGGGGAGAAAGGUUUAAGAAGUGAUGAUGCUGACCCCAUAUUUUACAAGUUGGAUGCACAACUUGUCUUAAUAUACGAUGGUACAGAAUAUCCAGUUUCUUGUACUGAAUUUGCCCCAUAUUCUGCAAAAACAAGUUACAAUCAAGUAAUGGGUAUGGACAUUGCAAACGAAAGAAUUGUGGUCAAGGCAGAUUGA